AUGAGGCGUCCACGACAGACACAUAAAGAGACGAUAGCCAAAGUUUGUGUGGAAGAAGAUAUCGGUAAAUCAAGUUCCAGGCCUGGCGACUCCUUCAGCAACGCUGGUGACAGUUCCAGGCCUGGCGACUCCUUCAGCAACGCUGGUGACAGUUCCAGGCCUGGCGGCUCCUUCAGCAACGCUGGUGACAGUUCCAGGCCUGGCGACUCCUUGAGCAACGCUGGUGACAGUUCCAGGCCUGGCGACUCCUUCAGCAACACUGGUGACAGUUCCAGGCCUGGCGACUCCUUCAGCAACACUGGUGACAGUUCCAGGCCUGGCGACUCCUUCAGCAACGCUGGUGACAGUUCCAGGCCUGGCGACUCCUUCAGCAACACUGGUGACAGUUCCAGGCCUGGCGACUCCUUCAGCAACGCUGGUGACAGUUCCAGGCCUGGCGACUCCUUCAGCAACACUGGUGACAGUUCCAGGCCUGGCGACUCCUUCAGCAACGCUGGUGACAGUUCCAGGCCUGGCGACUCCUUCAGCAACACUGGUGACAGUUCCAGGCCUGGCGACUCCUUCAGCAACGCUGGUGACAGUUCCAGGCCUGGCGACUCCUUCAGCAACACUGGUGACAGUUCCAGGCCUGGCGACUCCUUCAGCAACGCCGGUGACAGUUCCAGGCCUGGCGACUCCUUCAGCAACGCCGGUGACAGUUCCAGGCCUGGCGACUCCUUCAGCAACGCCGGUGACAGUUCCAGGCCUGGCGACCCAGAGGCUCCGAGCUCUCAAGGCUGUUGCAGUGAGUACCGUGCGCGACACCAGGUACCUCGUCCUCCAAGACGAGGCACUCCGGCCACCUCGUCCUCCAAGACGAGGCACUCCGGCCACCUCGUCCUCCAAGACGAGGCACUCCGGCCACCUCGUCCUCCAAGACGAGGCACUCCGGCCACCUCGUCCUCCAAGACGAGGCACUCCGGCCACCUCGUCCUCCGAGACGAGGCACUCCGGCCACCUCGUCCUCCAAGACGAGGCACUCCGGCCACCUCGUCCUCCGAGACGAGGCACUCCGGCCACCUCGUCCUCCGAGACGAGGCACUCCGGCCACCUCGUCCUCCGAGACGAGGCACUCCGGCCACCUCGUCCUCCGAGACGAGGCACUCCGGCCACCUCGUCCUCCGAGACGAGGCACUCCGGCCACCUCGUCCUCCGAGACGAGGCACUCCGGCCACCUCGUCCUCCGAGACGAGGCACUCCGGCCACCUCGUCCUCCGAGACGAGGCACUCCGGCCACCUCGUCCUCCGAGACGAGGCACUCCGGCCACCUCGUCCUCCGAGACGAGGCACUCCGGCCACCUCGUCCUCCGAGACGAGGCACUCCGGCCACCUCGUCCUCCGAGACGAGGCACUCCGGCCACCUCGUCCUCCGAGACGAGGCACUCCGGCCACCUCGUCCUCCGAGACGAGGCACUCCGGCCACCUCGUCCUCCGAGACGAGGCACUCCGGCCACCUCGUCCUCCGAGACGAGGCACUCCGGCCACCUCGUCCUCCGAGACGAGGCACUCCGGCCACCUCGUCCUCCGAGACGAGGCACUCCGGCCACCUCGUCCUCCGAGACGAGGCACUCCGGCCACCUCGUCCUCCGAGACGAGGCACUCCGGCCACCUCGUCCUCCGAGACGAGGCACUCCGGCCACCUCGUCCUCCGAGACGAGGCACUCCGGCCACCUCGUCCUCCGAGACGAGGCACUCCGGCCACCUCGUCCUCCAAGACGAGGCACUCCGGCCACCUCGUCCUCCGAGACGAGGCACUCCGGCCACCUCGUCCUCCAAGACGAGGCACUCCGGCCACCUCGUCCUCCAAGACGAGGCACUCCGGCCACCUCGUCCUCCGAGACGAGGCACUCCGGCCACCUCGUCCUCCAAGACAAGGUAAAUUAUCUAACAGCUCAUCGAGGGGCAGAAAUCAUCGAGGGGCAGAAAUCAUCGAGGGGCAGAAAUCAACCCAUUUUUAAGACCUGUUGGGGGUCGUUCCCAGAGUCCCUGAAGUGUUCGGGGUCGUUACCAGAGUCCCUGAAGUGUUCGGGGUCGUUACCAGAGUCCCUGAAGUGUUCGGGGUCGUUACCAGAGUCCCUGAAGUGUUCGGGGUCGUUACCAGAGUCCCUGAAGUGUUCGGGGUCGUUCCCAGACUACCUGAAGUGUUCGGGGUCGUUCCCAGACUACCUGAAGUGUUCGGGGUCGUUACCAGACUACCUGAAGUGUUCGGGGUCGUUCCCAGACUACCUGAAGUGUUCGGGGUCGUUCCCAGACUACCUGAAGUGUUCGGGGUCGUUACCAGAGUCCCUGAAGUGUUCGGGGUCGUUACCAGAGUCCCUGAAGUGUUCGGGGUCGUUACCAGAGUCCCUGAAGUGUUCGGGGUCGUUACCAGAGUCCCUGAAGUGUUCGGGGUCGUUCCCAGACUACCUGAAGUGUUCGGGGUCGUUCCCAGACUACCUGAAGUGUUCGGGGUCGUUACCAGAGUCCCUGAAGUGUUCGGGAUCGUUACCAGAGUCCCUGAAGUGUUCGGGGUCGUUACCAGAGUCCCUGAAGUGUUCGGGGUCGUUACCAGAGUCCCUGAAGUGUUCGGGGUCGUUACCAGAGUCCCUGAAGUGUUCGGGGUCGUUACCAGAGUCCCUGAAGUGUUCGGGGUCGUCAGACAUUUAUGCGACCUUUACGAAACCUCCGCCGGCUCCCUUCUGCUGGCCACAAUAUGGACCACGUGCACGAGCAGACACGUGCACCCAUCAGCAAACACGUGCACCCAUCAGCAGACACGUGCACCCAUCAGCAGACACGUGCACCCAUCAGCAGACACGUGCACCCAUCAGCAGACACGUGCACCCAUCAGCAGACACGUGCACCCAUCAGCAGACACGUGCACCCAUCAGCAGACACGUGCACCCAUCAGCAGACACGUGCAUCCAUCAGCAGACACGUGCAUCCAUCAGCAGACACGUGCACCCAUCAGCAGACACGUGCACCCAUCAGCAGACACGUGCACCCAUCAGCAGACACGUGCACCCAUCAGCAGACACGUGCACCCAUCAGCAGACACGUGCAUCCAUCAGCAGACACGUGCAGGAGCAGACACGUGCACCCAUCAGCAGACACGUGCAGGAGCAGACACGUGCACCCAUCAGCAGACACGUGCAGGAGCAGACACGUGCACCCAUCAGCAGACACGUGCACCCAUCAGCAGACACGUGCAUCCAUCAGCAGACACGUGCAGGAGCAGACACGUGCACCCAUCAGCAGACACGUGCAGGAGCAGACACGUGCAGGAGCAGACACGUGCACCCAUCAGCAGACACGUGCAUCCAUCAGCAGACAAGUCCGCCAGCAGCCACCAGCAGCCGCCAGCAGCAACCAGCAGCCGCCAGCAGCAACCAGCAGCAACCAGCAGCCGCCAGCAGCCACCAGCAGCCGCCAGCAGCAACCAGCAGCCGCCAGCAGCAACCAGCAGCAACCAGCAGCCGCCAGCAGCCGCCAACAGCAACCAGCAGCCGCCAGCAGCCACCAGCAGCCGCCAGCAGCAACCAGCAGCCGCCAGCAGCCACCAGCAGCCGCCAGCAGCAACCAGCAGCCGCCAGCAGCAACCAGCAGCCGCCAGCAGCCGCCAACAGCAACCAGCAGCCGCCAGCAGCCACCAGCAGCCGCCAGCAGCAACCAGCAGCCGCCAGCAGCAACCAGCAGCCGCCAGCAGCAACCAGCAGCCGCCAGCAGCAACCAGCAGCCGCCAGCAGCCGCCAGCAACAGCAGCAGCCACCAGCAGCCGCCAGCAGCAACCAGCAGCCGCCAGCAGCAACCAGCAGCAACCAACAGCCGCCAGCAGCAACCAGCAGCCGCCAGCAGCAACCAGCAGCCGCCAGCAGCAACCAGCAGCCGCCAGCAGCCGCCAGCAGCAACCAGCAGCCCCCAGCAGCCGCCAAACUGUUCAACAGCACACGCACCGCCCCCGUUGUCAACGGCACACGCACCGCCCCCGUUGUCAACGGCACACGCACCGCCCCCGUUGUCAACGGCACACGCACCGCCCCCGUUGUCAACGGCACACGCACCGCCCCCGUUGUCAACGGCACACGCACCGCCCCCGUUGUCAACGGCACACGCACCGCCCCGUUGUCAACGGCACACGCACCGCCCCCGUUGUCAACGGCACACGCACCGCCCCCGUUGUCAACGGCACACGCACCGCCCCCGUUGUCAACGGCACACGCACCCGUUGUGGUCACCAGGACAACUACAACACAUCACAACCAAAUCUACACAGUAAAAUAA